GUUUCCCCAGGUUUCCCAGGCUCAUCAAUCUGCUCUUGAUCUAAACUUUCAAUGGCGUCCAGGAGAGUUAUUUCUCGACUAAUCAAUGCCUCUCAGCAUACCGCAUGUCCUUGCCAUGGAUGUGCCAGUCAUUCUCAUCAUCAGCAAUUAGCUGCCGUCAGUCAAGUUCGGUCUAUGGCCACGCCUGUUCAAACGGUUCAGAAGGAAUAUGCAUUCGAGGUGUCUGGUUCUAAUCUGAGAUUUGGUGACGGUGUCACUGCAGAGGUGGGAAUGGACCUGAAGAACAUGAAGGCACGGAAGAUCGGGGUCUUCACAGAUCCAACAGUGGCAAAACUGAAACCCAUGGAGACGGCUCUUCGUUCGUUACAAUCACAAGAGGACCUCCCAUUUGAAGUAUACGACCAAGUUCUAGCCGAACCGACUGAAGAUAGCUGGAAGAAGGCCAUCUCAUGGGCAAGGGAACAUGACUUCAGUCACUUCUUGGCUGUCGGUGGUGGAAGUGUCAUAGAUACUGCUAAAGCAGCCAAUCUCUUUACUGUUUACAAAGAUGCAGACCUGAUGGACUAUAUCAAUGCACCGAUUGGAAAAGGCCUUCCAGUUCAACAUACUCUUCGUCCUCUCAUUGCUGUUCCCACCACAGCUGGAACUGGCUCCGAGACUACUGGUGCAGCUAUCGUCGACAUAACAUCCCGUUCCUUCAAGACUGGAAUCGCAAGUCGCGCUCUCAAACCGGUUCUUGGGAUUGUGGACACCCAAAAUACUGAAUCCUGCCCGACUGCAGUACAUAUAAGUGCUGGACUCGACGUUCUUUUCCACAGUAUGGAAAGUUACACUGCUAUUCCAUAUACCGAACGUACCCCUCGGCCCGCAAACCCAAUUAACCGACCAACAUACCAAGGAAGCAAUCCGGUCGCUGACAUUUUCUCGUUGUGGGCAUUACAAACUACCGUGAAAUACCUUCCGCGCAUAGCCAAAAAUCGAGAUGAUGAAGAAGCUAGGAAACAGAUGCUUCUAGCAGCCUCAUUUGCCGGUAUAGGGUUCGGAAACGCGGGUGUCCAUCUCUGCCACGGAAUGAGUUAUCCCAUCUCUGGAUUGAACAAGCAAGGACCCAAGUAUAAACACGCUGGAUAUGAAGUUGACCACCCCAUAAUCCCGCACGGUGUCAGUGUUGCAUUGACUGGUCCAGCAGUCUUCCAAUUCACCUCCCCUUCUUCUCCCGAUCGACAUCGACAAGCACUAGCCAUUUUCACCAAUACCACCAUCUCCGACCCAAGCAUUUCCCGCAUACCCGAUUCAGAAAUCGGUGCUUACCUCUUUGAGGCUAUCGCGCGUUUCUUAGAUGGUCUGGGUGUCCCUCGUGGAUUGAAAGCUGUCGGGUACGAGAACAAAGAUAUAGAAAUGCUCGUUGAGGGUACUAUUCCUCAGCGACGUGUUCUGGAUCUGGCACCGGGGAUCGGAGAUUUUGUAGGUGAAGACGGAAGGCACCAUUUGAGGAGAAUGAUCGAAAGUUCGAUGGAGUAUUGAGAGAGUAUGAGGGAACAGUUUGCGACUCAAACGGCGAUUUACAAAAACGUACUAAAUCGUAUAUGUAUGUACAUUAACACCGUGUAUCUAUUUAAGCAAUUGUGGCUUUUGGAUUAAA